GACAUCCGUCAAAUACCUUGUCCAAUUUUAAAGAUCAACAAGUUCGCGUGAAAUGUUUACUACGCACAAACAAAAGUCGUCACAAUCUAACACCAAGAAAAAACCACCACCCAGACCUCCACCCCCAAAUUUAUCGAAGUACAAAAGUAAGUCGACGUUCAAUUUAAACAAUCAACUCGAUAAUUUAAUUGAAUGGAGUCCGCCAAAUUCACCAAAGGCAGAGCGCAGCCAGCAGUUCGGUGGCAGCGUGUCCAGUUCUUUUAGCAGUAGUACAAGUAGCCUAGCCUCAAGUAAGAAAAGCUUCGAAUUCGAUUUGCCAACAAAUUGGCCAACAAAUAUACCAGUGAUACAGACAACCAUGAAGAACACCACAAGUGCUAAUAGUAAUCCAGUUAAUGUGCCUUCGUUAUUCGGACCAACGAUCAUACGUGCCAAAGAGGGAAAAAAAAAUCUCAAGAUUAAGCCAGACAUCACAUAUUCUGUGUUUAAGGAGGCGGACUCGCCUCCAAUGCCGAGUAUACCUCCCCCAAGUCCUCCGAAGGAGGUGGCUGACAUUGACACCCCCUAUGGGAUAGCAGAAUACGAUUUUCCAGCAUCUCAUCCUUCCGAUUUAGGAAUACAGAUUGGAGAUGUGGUCUUUUUAAUUAGAAGAAUUAAUAGUGAAUGGUUGUAUGGCAAAAUAGUGGGAAAAGAUGGGGAAAGGGAGGGAAUGUUUCCUGCCAAUUUUAUCGACAUUAAAGUGCCUUUACCGAACGAAAAUAAUACUGUGACAGCUUUAUUUGAAUUCCGUCCACAAAUGGCUGGUGAUUUGGCUUUGAAGCCGGGUCAACAAGUGACAGUGACAAGAAUUGUGAACUCCGAUUGGCUAUACGGAACAUCGAAUGGAGAAUCCGGACAAUUUCCCAGUAAUUUUGUUGAUAGAAUUCCAAAGAUUUAAUCCGUCUAAUCAUGUACAAAAUUAAUAUUUUCAGAAUGCAGGGUUUGGAGUAUUAAAACAUUGUGAUCAUAUGAUAUAAUAAAUACAUUACACAUUGUGAAUGUGAUACUAUGUGCCUAAAUGGAAGGCUUAGUAUAAUUUUAUUUUUGUAACAUACUUUAUUAAUAUAAUUUUACUAAUAUACACACCAUUAUAGUU